GCGAGGUGGUUGAGGCCGCAUGAAAGCGCAGAGCGAGGCGAAGAUGGAGGCAGUUUCUGAGGCGGAAGCUGAGCGGUUCUCGCUUGCCGCGACCACCAUCCCCCCGUUGGUUCCGGAGCGGCUCCAGCAGCGACAGGCCGAGCGGCGGGAGGAUGCGGAGCGGAGGCGGCGGGAGCGCAGCGCGCAAGCCGUGCAAGAAGAGCAGAGCGACUUCUUCACGACCGCCUUUGCCCAAGAGCGGGAAGCCGUCGAGGCGCUGUUGGAGCCGGCGUCGGACGAGGCUGCUGCUGCCGGGCGGCUGGAGGAAGCGGCCGGGCGACUGCAGAGCCUGCAGCGACUUCUGACGGACUCGGUGCGCUUCUUGGCCCCCUACGAGGUGCGGCAGGCGCAAGCGACUGUGGCCAGGCUACAGGGCGCCCUGUCCGAACGGCGCCUGCAGGUGCAGCCCAAGAAACGCUUCGCUUUCCGGGCCCUCAAGAAGGAGGCCGCGGCAGCUCGGGAGCCUCCGAAGACUUCCGCGCGGCCGCAAGCGUCGAGUGGGGCGGCCCUUCCCUGCUCUUCUGAGCCCUCGGCGGAUCCCGAGUGUGGCUUCAGCCAGGCCGAGGGGAAAGAUCUGGAGCUGGGCCCGGCCGAGCUGCUGCAGCGGAACGUGGCGUUGUCUCAGCUGAGCCGUUGCCGGGUGCGGCUGCGGGGCAACCCCAACACGCUGGUGGUGCGCUGCUGCCGGGACUGCACGCUGCUCUGCGGGCCCGUGUCCACCUCUGUGUUAAUGGAAGACUGCAGCGGCUGCCUUGUGGCCCUCGCCUGCCAGCAGCUCCGCACGCACCACACCACCCAGAGUAGCUUCUACGUGCAGGUGACGAGCCGAGCCAUACUGGAGGACUGCAGCGGCGUCCGCUUCGCACCGUACACGUGGAACUAUGCUGGCAUUGAGGCCGACUUCGAGACUUCCGGACUCGAUAGAAGCAGGGACAACUGGAGCCAGGUGGAUGAUUUCAACUGGCUGGCCCGGGAUGAGCCCUCUCCGAACUGGAGUGUGAUCCCGGAGGAGGAGAGAAUCUUCAGCUGGAACUGAAUAGGAAACUCAUUAUCUGCUACUGUUUUUGCAAUUUGCAGAAGGUCUGGAGCUAGCUGUGUUGCUGGGGAAUGAUGCCGUUUAUUUGUGUUUAUCAUUUAAGCUGGGUGUUGUAAUGAAAGUGCUCGAACACUUGACCUUGGAAGCUCUUUUACUUUGCCAGCCAAUGAUGACUCCUGGAGCUCACUUUUUCUGUGUUGUCUUUGUUUUAGAUGAGAGGGGCUGCUGUGUUUUGCCCUUUUUGAACAGAGUGAGAUAUUUAAUGGCUGUAUGACUGUAGCACACAUUUUAAAAAUAAUAUGCUUCAUCUCUGUUUCAUGAUUGAGCAAGCAAGGUAAAAGGCUCCUUUAUAUUGCUUUUGGCUCACACAAUUUCUCUAGAUGCAUCCUAAUGCAAAGUAUUACUGAGAAGUAUUGUUGGUGAUUGGUGUUGAUUUUUAUCUGCUAAUUGCUAGAGGUAACUGUCAUCUAUACUCUAUGAAGUGAUACUUCUAUUGUACUAUGUGGAUAGCAUUAAUGUAGAAUGGGUAAUGGCUUGGAAAUACUACAGGGAAUGGCAGAAACGUUGCUGUGUGCCUUUUGCUGGUUGCUUAAUCUUUAAAGUAGUCCAAAGUAUGCUUUGCUUCCUGGCACAAACUUCAUAGGGGCUUCAACUUCUACUUUAAAUGCCCUUAAUUCAAAGUAGUUAAACAAAAAUCACUGUAAGAAAGUUAAGGGCAUGUUUAUAUGUCUGAAAACAGUAUGUAGAACUAUUUAAUAAACCAGGUUGUAUUCAUAAUGGGUUUUAUAGCUGGCAAAUUACUUUCCCAUUUAGUGUGCUAUUUAAAGCAAUACUUGUAUGUUUUGCAGUAUGGUUGUUUCACAUUUCAAUGUACUAUUUAUUUUGUGUUUUGUUAACAAGAGUUGACCGGGCUACCAAAUCUGUACCUUAUACCAUUAAGCAAAAUCAAUGUUGUCAAUGCUAGUCUCUCUAGAUUUUAUAUUAAUAUACUAACUUUACAAAGCAAUACUGAAGAAACCUGUUACUGCAUUAUUCUGUUACUGUUGUUGCUUUUACUCUUAAGUACAUACGUCUUAUGGUGUCUUGGAUUAAAACAAGGUUUUCUUGUGAA